CGACAGCUAAACACGGACACGUGGUGCUCAUCGGGAGGACUAUCGGUCAACGGGACAUUGGUGAGCACUGGAGGGUUCGGAGGAGGAGCCAACACAGCAAGGUAUCUACGUGACUGUGAAAACUGCCCAUGGGUCGAAUACCCUAAGGCCCUUGCUUCCAGGAGAUGGUACUCCACCCAAGCCGCUCUCCCUGAUGGCUCCUUCAUCGUGGUCGGUGGCCGAGACGCUCAAAAUUACGAGUACAUCCCUCCCGAAGGAGUUAUCAACACAAAGCUCUAUGACUCGGCUUUACUCAGGGAAACAACCGACAAGGAAGAGAACAAUCUCUACCCUUUUGUUUGGCUCAACACUGACGGUAAUCUUUUCAUUUUCGCGAAUGAUCGGUCCAUUCUCCUCAGCCCGAAAACGAAUCAAGUCAUCAAGGAAUUCCCUCGACUCCCGGGAGGUGCCCGUAACUACCCUGGAGCCGCGAGUUCAGCCCUGCUCCCGAUCCGUCUCUACCUUGUCAACCCGAAAAUCAUCCCUGCUGAGGUUCUCAUAUGUGGAGGGGCCAAGAAGGAUGCUUACUACAAAGCAGGCAAGAAAAUCUUCGAGCCUGCGUUGCAAGAUUGUGCAAGAAUGAACAUCAACAGCCAAAAUCCAGUGUGGAAAACUGAGAUGAUGCCUACUCCUCGUGUAAUGGGUGAUUCAGUUAUCCUCCCAACGGGCGAUAUCCUCUUUGUCAAUGGAGCUAAAAGUGGUUGCUCGGGUUGGGAAUAUGGUAAAGAUCCGAUCUUGAAACCCCUCUUGUACAUGCCUCGCCUCCGUAGAGGCCAACGUUUCAAGGA